GCCGGGGGCGGUGGCGGCGCGAGCGCCCCGCCGGGCACCCGGUAGCGCGCGGCCGAGUCGCGGAGGCGCCGCCGCUGCAGUCGCUGCGUCUUGAGGAACAUGGCCGACAGCAAGGCCAAGCCCGCCAAGGCUGCCAACAAGACACCCCCAAAGUCCCCGGGGGAUCCCGCGAAGGACAAGGCGGCUAAGAGGCUGUCCUUGGAGUCAGAAGGUACCCCCGAGGGGGCGGCCGCGGCCCCCGAGCUCAGCGCCCUGGAGGAGGCCUUCCGGCGGUUUGCGGUGCACGGGGACACCAGAGCCACGGGCAAGGAGCUGCACGGGAAGAACUGGUCGAAGCUGUGCAAGGACUGCCAGGUGAUCGACGGGAAGAAUGUGACUGUCACCGACGUGGACAUCGUCUUCAGCAAAAUCAAAGGGAAGGGCUGCCGGACCAUCACGUUCGAACAGUUCAAGGAGGCACUGGAGGAGCUGUCCAAGAAGAGGUUCAAGGACAAGAGCAGCGAGGAGGCCGUGCGAGAGGUGCACAGGCUCAUCGAGGGCAAGGCGCCCAUCAUCUCAGGGGUGACGAAAGCCAUCUCGUCCCCCACGGUGUCGCGGCUCACGGACACGACCAAGUUCACAGGCUCCCACAAGGAACGCUUCGACCCGUCGGGCAGAGGCAAAGGCAAGGCCGGGCGCGUGGACCUCGUAGACGAGUCAGGCUACGUGCCAGGGUACAAGCAUGCGGGCACCUACGACCAGAAGGUGCAGGGGGGCAAGUAGCCGUCCUCCGUCACGGGCCCACAUCGCCUCACACUUCGUUACAUUCCUGGACUCACUGGGGCAGAACUCAGAUGCCCGGGCAGGUGGCUGAGGGUGACACUCAAGCCUGCCUCCUGCCUGGGACCCCGGCGUGCUCCUCUCCAACCCCAGGUGGGCCCCUGAACUCAGACCUUCCUCUAACACACCUGCCUCGUCCCGUGUUGGUAAGUCAACAAUUGGCCAUUUCCAGAGUCUUCUGGGACCAGGCCACACAGCCACCUGGUUUGCAGGCAAAGGGGGACCCUGUCAGAGGGGACCUCCUGGCUGGCAGACUCCCCCAGGAGCCACAGGGCAGCGUGCACUAACACACCAGCAGCAGUGAAACGGGAGAAUCCGGAACGGGACAGCCUCGCGCAGGUGUGGGCCACGGUGCACGCUCGCACGUGACACUCACGCUGACACACAUGCACUCGCUCACGCACUCACGUGCCUACCCACACUCGUGCACACGCACACGCACA